GACCCGCCCGGGCUCGGCGGCGCGGUCCCCGAGAAGCCCCCGCGCAGGCGCACUGCCCUCUGCUGGGCGUGGGACUUGGCAAGAAAUGGCAGGAAGUCUUUUGAAGACAUCAUCUAUGUCUGUAAGAACAAAACUGCUGCAGAAAACAGGAGUGUCACUUUAUAACACAUCUCAUGGCUUCCAUGAGGAAGAGGUUAAAAAACAGCUGCAGCAGUUUCCCGGUGGAUCCGUUGACCUUCAGAAGGAAGACAGUGGCAUUGGCAUUCUUACUCUGAACAAUCCGAGUAAAAUGAAUGCCUUCUCAGGUGUUAUGAUGCUACAACUUUUGGAAAGAGUGAUUGAACUGGAAAAUUGGACAGAAGGGAAAGGUCUCAUUGUCCGUGGGGCAAAAAAUACUUUCUCCUCAGGAUCUGAUCUGAAUGCUGUGAAAGCACUAGGAACUCCAGAGGCGGGAGUGGCCUUAUGUAUGUUCAUGCAAAACACCUUAACAAGACUUAUGAGACUUCCUUUAGUCAGCGUUGCGCUGGUUGAAGGCUGGGCGCUGGGUGGAGGAGCGGAACUUACCACAGCAUGCGACUUCAGAUUAAUGACGACAGAGAGCGAGAUCAGAUUUGUCCACAAGGAAAUGGGAAUAGUACCAAGCUGGGGCGGAGCUGUCCGGCUGGUUGAGAUAAUUGGCAGCAGACAAGCUCUUAAAGUGUUAACCGGGGCCCUCAAACUGGAUUCAAAAAAAGCUUUAGACAUAGGAAUGGUUGAAGAGGUCUUGCAGUCUUCAGAUGAAACUCAAUCUCUAGAAGCAGCACAAGAGUGGCUAAAGCAGUUUAUCAAAGGGCCACCAGAAGUAAUCAGAGCUUUGAAAAAAUCUGUUUCUUCAGGCAAAGAGCUUUGUUUAGAGGAGGCAUUACAGACCGAAAGAGAUCUUGUAGGAACACUUUGGGGUGGACCUGCAAAUUUAGAGGCUAUUGCUAGGAAAGGAAAAUUUAAUAAGUAGUUUUUUAAAAUAUGAUGUACUACCAGUAAAACUCCAAUGUAAUCAUUGUAAUCAUGUGUAUAAAAGUUAAAUGAUAUUAAAUAGGAACGUCAGAAUUACUUUGAAGGCUACCACUGUUAUUUGGGUUUUUAAUAAUUUUUUGAAUAGCUGAAUUCAUUGGCCUAGUUUUCAGUAUAUUUGGGUAUUUACCAAGUAAUCUGGAACAUUUGGCUAAAAUAUAUAAAACUUUUGGCUUAAAAAUUAUCAUCAAUUCUCAAAUUCCCAUAAUAGUUCUUAGCCUAUAACCAAAGAUCACUUUUUAAAAGGAAAACUUCUAUACAAAACCUAUUCCUGGGGUUAUCCUUCAUAAAGUCUUUCUUUGUCUUACCUGGAAAUAACUUACUUACAAAAAUAACUGAAUGAACCUUGUAGUUAAAGAACAAAAGUGGAGAGGGAUCAGGGGACAAGAAGAUGAGAAAAGGUAUGAUCAAUCAUUUUCUUCUGCUCCAAGCAGCUGAAAUAAAGAAGUCAUGGGGAAUGACCCUUCUUUUAAAUAAAGAUGCUCCCCACUUCCCCCCACUAAAACUUUGGAGCCUUAUUUAUUUGAUCUUUUUAAUAAUUAGUUUUCUAUUUUAAAUUAUCUACUAAACAGUGAUAGCCACUACCUGGAAAGUCUACUGACUCUACAAAAUUGGCCAUUCAUUUGUGUGCACUGGGAUUUCUAAACUAGUAGUAAGUACUACUAUUUAUGUAGUAAUGAAAUUGAACUCUAAAUCAAAACUGCCUAAGACUUCAAAGGGACUCAUGAAGCAUCCUGUAACAUACAUUUGCAUUUUACAUUAGAUUUCUAUUUUCUUCUGAAAAGUAACUAACCUUUCUUCUUUAAUAACUAGCUAUCUUUUAAAAGUAAAUUUAAUAAAAAUACACAAUUCAAACUUU